GGGAGUCAGACAGGACCGUGUAGCUAGCGAGUUUUGUUCGGGGACCCAAGGCAGUCAGCCCGCAGAUCUCACAUUAGUGCUCCGGGGAGAACUUUUGCGUAAAAUAGAUAUGGCUGAUAUCAUAUUGUUUUUCCUGUCCAGAGUCUCUAUUGGUCCUUGCAGUGCUAAGGUAAAGCACGUGGUGUUUUUGAAGGUCCACAAGGCUGCAUCUACCACUGUGGCGUCCAUCUUCCAAAGGUUCGGCUGGAAACACAACCUCACCUUCGUUCUUCCUACACACUAUAGGGACUACAUAGGCUGGCCGUAUUACAUGAAGCCACAAGAUAUCCUUCCGUCACCUACAGGCAGUUACAACAUACUUUGUGAUCACGUGGUUUAUGACGACAGGAUAUUGAGCACUUUGAUGCCUGACGACACCUUUUCUAUCGCCAUCUUGAGAGAACCCCUAAGUCAUCUCAAGUCGGUCUUCCAUUGGUGGCAUUUGGAUCAAAAGUACAACGUCAGCUCACACACCGGAAGUGACGUCAUCACCAGUUUCCUUGACAACCCCAUGUUCUAUGAGACGAGGCUGUCGUCCAAUGUCGAAACCCUCCGUCCGUUCAUAUACACCCGGAACUUUCAGUCCUACGACUUCGGAUUCCCAGUUCACCUGUCUGAUCAUGAAAACUUCGUUCAAGAGUUCUUAGAGGCGGUGAAGACUCAGUUUCACCUUGUGAUGAUCAUGGAAUAUUUUGACGAAUCGCUGGUCCUACUGAAACGAUUACUUUGCUGGGAACUUGUGGACAUUUUGUAUCUAGGACUCCAAAGAUCCAGGACGUAUUCGUACAAAACUACAAAGGUUUCAAGAGAAACUGUCGACAAGCACCAACAGUGGAGCAAAGUAGACUACAAUAUGUAUGACUAUUUCAACAAGUCUCUAUGGAAAAUGAUCCAGAACGAAGAACAAAGAAGUUUCUAUUCAGAAGUCCGUCAUUUUGAAAAUGUGUUGCUAGAAGUUCAACAGUAUUGUUCAGUCCUACCAAAGGGAUACAUGCAGAGUUUAAAGCCCGUUCCAAAGAAAAUAAUUCCAGCUAGCGAAUGGAAUGAUGUUAUAAAUUUGGACGAACUUUUCUGUUUGGAGUUGAGAAUGGGUUGGGAUGACUGGGAGUAUGUUAUAAAGAGUUCCCAUCUUGGAGAGUUGAGAAGACAAAGUUCUUUUAAGUUCGAUAUAAGUUUCGUUCAAGUCCCUCGGCCGACGAGCGUCAUGUCGAGAAUAUUACGUAAGAGAUUUCAAGUUAAGGGUCCGAAGCUCGUCUGUGAAAAUCGUUCCACGUAUUGUACAUUAGAUAAGCGUGCACUGAAUAAAGUAUGAAACAUUA